UGAGUUUCCUACCUCGAAAACGACCCAAAACAACGCGCACCAUCCCCUCUCUUUCUCUCUCCUCUCCGUCCUUCUGUUUUUCUCUCUCCUACUGUGCCGUCCCAUGUGCCGACCACCUUCCUUAUUCCUCCUCUUCUUCUUCAUCGUUUCCCUCCCAUGGCGCCUAAUCUAGGGUUUUUCAUCUGAGCUCUACUUCGAUCUCUCACCACCUUUUUCUUCAACCUUCAAUGGCGGAAACACGACUCACUCGAAUUACAGUUCAAGCUUUACCUAGCGUUGACAAACCUGUACUAUCUCCCGCCUCAAUUACUGUUGAUCGGAGCCACGAUAUUGUCCAACUUCCCGAUUCUCAGCUCCCUGAAGUUCCAAUGGAGGAGGUUGUAGUAGUUAAGAAGAGGCGCGGUCGACCGCCGAGGAAUAUCGGUGGUGCUGCUGCUGGUGGUGCUCCGCCGAUUCCGGUGGCUAAGAAGAGUAAGAAGGAGGAUGAGGAUGUUUGCUUCAUUUGCUUUGAUGGCGGUAACCUCGUGCUUUGUGACUACCGGGAUUGCCCUAAGGCGUACCAUCCUGCUUGUGUUAAACGAGACGAGUCGUUCUUUCGCCGAAGCAUUCGAUGGAACUGUGGUUGGCAUUUAUGUAACUUCUGUCAAAAGAAUGCUCUCUUUAUGUGCUACACGUGCCCUUACUCUUUAUGCAAGCGGUGCGUCAAACAGGCAGAUGUUUUGUGCAUCAGAAGGAACAAAGGAUUCUGUAGAACGUGCAUGACAACUAUUAAGUUAGUCGAAAAUAUUCCACAAGAGACAAAGGAGCAGGUUCAAGUAGAUUUUGAUGAUACUACUAGCUGGGAAUACCUCUUUAAGGUAUAUUGGAUAUAUUUGAAAGAAAAAGAAGCUCUAACUUUAGAUGAGCUGACUCGGGCUACUAAUCCCUGGAAAGUUUCUGGACUUGAAAACAAUAACUUUCAGCAGAAAAGAGCCGAGACAUGUCCUAGUAAUGUUUCUGAGCUAAGCAGUAGCAAUGUACAAUUGGAAACAAAUAAUUUAAAAAGAAGAAAAACCAGAAGACAGCAGCAGUUAUUGAAUCUGAAUUCACAAAAUGUUGACAACUCAGAUGGGAACAAGGUAACAGGUUUGCAUGCAGCAGCUGAUUGGGCAUCUAAAGAACUUUUGGAUUUUGUUGCACAUAUGAAAAAUGGUGAAACAUCAGUCCUGUCUCAGUUUGAUGUUCAGGCUCUUCUACUUGAUUAUAUAAGGAAAAACAAUCUCCGCGAUCCUCGUCAGAAAUGUCAAAUUAUCUGUGAUAGAAGAUUGGAGGAUUUGUUUGGUAAAGAACGAGUUGGUCAUUUCGAAAUGCUUAAGCUGCUUGAAUAUCACUUCAAAGAAGAAUCUCGUACCAAUGGUGUUAUUAGGGGUGCAGCUGUUGACCCUCUUGCUUCACAGCUGGAGAAUGAGGGGAUAAGUGAUGAUUUUCAGAUUCCAAGUAGAGAAACUAGGCGGCAAAGCCGUAAAAAGGCUGAAGAAAAAGGCCGGCAAAUCAAACUGGAUAGUUAUGCAGCAAUUGACGUUCACAACAUCAAUUUAAUUUAUCUGAAGCGGAGUUUGUUGGAAAAUCUCAUGGUAGAUGCAGAAAAUUUUCAUGAUAAGGUUGUUGGUUCAGUUGUUCGAAUUAGAAUAUCCAGCAAUGAUCAAAAGCAAGAUAUGCAUCGGUUGGUCCGAAUUAUAGGUACUAGCAAAGAAACUGAACCAUAUAAAAUUGGUGUUAAGACAGAGAGCUUCAUGCUUAAAAUAUUAAAUCUAAACAAGAUAGAAGAUGUGGCCAUUGGUGCAAUUUCAGACCAAGAGUUCUCUGAGGAUGAAUGCAGGCGUUUACGCCAAAGUAUUAAGUUGGGGCUUGUUGAGAGGAUGACUGUGGGGGAAAUUCAGGAAAAAGCAGUUUCACUACAGACAAUGAGGGUAAAUGAUUGGCUUGAAACGGAGAUAAGGAGGCUUAAUCAUCUUAGGGAUCGAGCUAGUGAGAUGGGGCACCGCAAGGAGCUUAGAGAAUGUGUGGAGAAAAUCGAGCUGCUGAAGGCACCCGAAGAACGUCUACGCAGGAUUCAAGAAAUUCCAGACGUCCAUGCUGAUCCAAGAAUGGAUCCUAGUUAUGGGUCUGAUGAUGAUUCUGGUGAGUCAGACAUUAAGAAGCAAGAUGGGUCUAUGACACCAAAAUACUCCAAUUCCAAUGCAAGAGUGGAGUUGAUUUCUCCUGUAAGAUCAGGGGAUAUGUUGAAGGAUGACAGGACGAUCAAGCCGAUAAAAAUCUCUUUCGCUAAUGGGGAGCGCAGGAGGAAAAACUCUGCUAAAUUUCAUGUCGGGAAAGUUGAAAGUACCACAAGACCCCUCGAGCCCUCUCACAAUUCCGAAAAAGUUGAUGCUGCAUCUAAGAUCCCGGAAGAAGAUUUCAAUAGUCGAGCAGAUUUCGUUGUUGUUUCUGGUGAUCGUGGUGUAACGAAACCUGGAUUUGUUUCUGAUUCAGUAACAACGGCUCUUUCCUCGCGGAUGCUCCUCGUUUCUGAUAUGAAUGAACUCGAGAAGAUUUGGCAUUAUCGGGAUCCUUCAGGAAAAGUUCAAGGACCAUUCUGCAUGUUGCAGCUGCGCAAGUGGUGUUCAAAGGAUUUUUUCCCUACCGAUUUAAGAGUGUGGAAGAUUAACGAAAGUCUAGAUCGGUCCAUCCUUUUGACUGACGCGUUAAAAAAGCAGCAAUCUAAUGAGCCUGAGACUGAGCCCGAUGUGGAGCAGCUUUCAUGCUCUCAGUCUUAUUGUGGGGUCGAAUCUGAUGAUAGAAAAGUUAACCCUCUUGAAGAGUUUAGCAGUAACUCUGAUGCACCUUUCGUGGCCUAUAAUCCAAACGAAGAAGGAAGCAACAAAAACUUGACUGACGUAAAUGCUUCUUCAGACGCUUAUGAAAAUCAAGGUGGCAUAGAUCAACCUUCUGGGUUUGAUAUAAAAGCACGACUAAUCGAGAGUUUGUUUGACACUGAAGAACCCAGUUCAACUGCUACUCCUACUGGUUCUUCUGAAACAAUGCAAGUUCCUCUGACUUUUGAGUCCUCUCAUCCUUCCACUUCAACAUCAAAAUCUGGUAAUCCCGACUUGGAAUGUCAGGUGGUAGUGAAAAGUCAACCUUCUAGUCCGAAUGCUGGUCAACCAGAUUCUGAAAUUUGUUGGGGCACUUCUAAUGGAUUUGGGACUUCUGAUCUUCCAUGUGUAACACAAAAAUCCAAUCCACCGGACUUGAAUGGCCUUAAUUUGGAGAUUCAUGUCGCUUCAGAUGUUUCUAGAGACUUUGAUGCUACUUGUGGAACAGGUUCUAGUCCAACCAAGUCUUCUCAUCUGCCAAAUCUUACGCCAAAGGCGGAAAAUAAGGAUGUCAAUGAUCAUCAUGAUACAAUAAACAAAAAUUUGGUUGUUUCAGGUGGCUAUGAGCAGGAUUCAGGUACAGAUGCAGUUUCUGGCGGAAUUUGUCUCUCUAUGCUGCCAAUUGCUGCUGUAAAAGUGGAGAAAAAUGACGGCCUAAAACCGCAAACUAUAGAAAAUAGGCAAUCCAUCUCGUCAAAUGUUCCUGGUCGAGAUAAAGAAGCAAUCUGGAGCAGUACUAUUUCUGCUGAAACCGACCUCUCUUUACUGGCAAACAAUCAUUUAAACACAGAGUCCAUGAAAGCACAUGCUAUUGAAAACAACAAACAUUAUAAUAACACUUCUAGUGUUCCUGAGCUAGUUUCUGGUACCAGUUGGAAUCCGAUUUCUGGUGGUAUUGUGUUUUCUGAUCCCCCAAAGUUAGAGAGCAACACUACUUCUACUACCUGGACUUCUUCUUCUAUAUCAGGUGGAAUGAGAUUUCCUGAUCUUCCAACUACCUCACUGAAACUGGGAAAUAAAAGUUCUGAAAUCACGAAUAUCCGUGGACAAGAUUCGUGUAUUAAUUGGAGCACUUCUUCUAGCCUAGUAGGCGAGGAAGUUCAUCUACCCGAUGAUGUUGCGAAUGAGUGGGGCCCAUAUUCCACAGUAGUACAUGCUAAACCUGAUGCUAUUGCUACACCAGCAUCUCAAAGUUGUCAGUUGCUUAAUCUACAUUGUGAUAUUUCAAGUUGGCAGCCGAUCGAGCUUAGCACGUUAGGCGAUGAAUCGGUUUCUGAUCUGUUGUCGGAGGUUGAGGCGAUGGAGUCUUUAAGAGGUAUGUCGUCCCCAACUUCUAGGAUGAACUGUGGACCUGACUCGAUUGACUCAGUAGAUGAUGAUUGUUUUAGUCCUCUUGGUGGGUUGAGCCCGAAUCUCGAUCCGGGAAAGAAUAAUAAUAUGGGAUUCCAUAUUCAGCAGCCUAGUAUCAACCAUCAUCAUCAACAACCACAUCAUGGGGCUUUUACGGUUAUGCGUGAUCUCGAGAGAACAUCGUCAUGUAUUCUAUCUACAACCACCACCACCACCACCACCGGAAGCGUUCAAGUAGAAGCCGCCGAUAAGCAAACUAUUGCUUUGAUGCCUUUCCUGGAUUUUGUUUCUAAAGGUCCCGUGUCUGCAGUGCUGCUACCACCAGUAGGAGCAGCAGUGUCCUCGUCGCAUUCACCACCACCACCACCACCAGAAGCAUCCUUACCACUACCGCUAUUUCCACCACCAUCACUAUCAUCCUUGCCACAAGUAUCCUUACCAUCACCUUCACCACCACCAGCAUCCUUACCGCUGCCACCACCACCACCAUCCUUACAGUUGCCUCUACCACCACCACCGCCACCGCCACCACCACCUCCAGCAUCCUUACCAUCACCACCACCACCGCCACCACCAUCCUUACCAUCGCCACCACAAUCCUUACCACCACCUCCAGCAUCCUUACCAUCACCACCACCACCACCACCACCAUCCUUACCAUCACCACCACAAUCCUUACCACCGCCACCACCAUCCUUACCAUCGCCACCACCACCACCACCAGAAGAAAAACCACCUUCACCACCUCAAAAACGACCUUCCGCCUUGAGCCUCAACAGCCCAUCAAGCCCACGUGAGGAGGGAGAGGUAGACCCUGCUUCUCUUUCAGUUCACCAUCCAAAACCACGUCAUCAUCGCCAACCUUCUCCAAAGACUCCUACCAUAAAAGUAGCACCAUCUGCAGACACUCGGAAACAGGGUUCCGAAAACACCAGAACAAAUUGGGAACCACCCGGGCAUCCGGGUGGUAAACUUUCCGGAAAUACAGGUUCCAUUUUAGGAACACCGAACAUGCACUGGCAUAUUUCCGGGCCCGGAAUACCUGCCGUGAACACACAUUGGAGCACUUCAGUGGUUAGCCAGGGAACCAGAGGUUCGAGUCAGACUUCACCAAGAUAUAAUAAUCAUAGUGGUGGUGGUGGGAGACACUCUGGUUCAAAGGACAGGAGUAAUAACCAUCAACAUGGUGGUGUAGAUUCAGGGGUUAGUAAGAGUAGUAGGCCUAAUUCAUGGAGCAGACAGUCUUCUUUUGGUGGUGGUGGAGGGGGAGGAGGAGGGCCGUCAAGGCCGCUGCCGCCGCCACCUCGAGGAGGGCCACGUGUUUGUAAAUUUUAUGAGAGUGGGUAUUGUAAGAAGGGUGCAUCCUGUAAGUAUUUGCACCCUUAGUGUUUUAAGGUAUAUACCCUAAAAUCGAUUUGUAUCAAUUAAAAUCUCUGUAGAUUGUAAUUGUUGUAUAAGGAUACUUGUUUCAUAAAUUGAAGAUCUUUAGAGGUGGAGGAAAUUCAAAA